AAUGCAGGUAUUUUCUUAGAAAGGGAUCAGGAAAUCUUUAUGCAACUCAUCAUUAAUACUAAUUUUAACAGAGUAUCUCCGAGAUUGAACUACCGAACCGUGUUGAUAAUUUAUCUGGAGCUGCAGGUCUAGGAGAAAAAAAGACAUUAAAUGGACAAGUAGAAAAUUUCAAUAUUGAAAACUCAGUAUACAUUCUUUCUUGCAUGAGUGGAUCAAGAAACUUUGAUGGCUAGAGGAUCCAAGAAAUGUAGGCAUGCCAAUAGCCCACGUGGAUUCUGCUGAAAAAUAUCCUCACCUGAAGCCUGCAGUUGGAGUGAAAGAUUCUGUUCCUAAAAAAACAGGAGCAAUGAAGAAUUUACAAAGAUUGAAAUCAGCAUACCUAGACUUAGAAUGGACAUCUGAGGAAGAGCAAGAAACACUUGUUGGAAGUGAAAAUAACCACUCACAGGAUACAUGUGUUUUACGAGCAUGUACUGUGAAAGAAAAGAAAUCUGAAGAUCAAAUCAAGCAGACUAAUCUUUCACUUGUAUAUCUGCAAAAAACGCCUAGAGAACCAGAAGUGAAUAAGGAACAUGACAGAAAGGACGUACCUGUAUCUUCAAAACAUUCUUGUGUGGAGAAGCAUGAGGACAUGUGGGUCAAACAAGCCAAAUUAGACUGGAAAAAUAAUUCUGAAUGUAUCACAAGAAAGUCAAAUCAGAAAAUCAGUAAAAUCCAUGAUAAAGGCAAAAUUACUUUUCAUCGUAAGGUGGAGUCACUAGAUGACAACUCGGAACUACAUGGUGACUUAAAGGAACUACCUCCCAGUGUGACAGAUUAUAUUUUUGAUUGUGAGGAAAAAGAUGUACCUGGAGCCUCUGUCUCUGUAGGAUCCCAGGCAUUCUCUGAACACAAAGAGCCCAGUCUUAAAAAUGUUUUUCCGUCGUAUUCCAUGUCUGAGUCAAAAGAGUAUGGUUGCCAGUCAUCUUCAAAACUUUAUUUAAGUGAAAAUAAGUUAGAUGAACAUGACAAAGCAGACACUGAACGUGUUUUUAACAAAAAUGAGGAGAGUUUUUAUAAUAGAGAAAAUGAAGUAAGGAACCGAGUUCCAUUUACAGUGAAUGAAGACCAAGAACUUGAUACAAAAAGAAUACAAAAAAGGAACCAAAAUACUGACUGGAAGUCAGACAUUGGACGUGCAUCUCAGGUUGAAGUAGAAGAGAACAGGAGCAAAAGUGGUGAGCUGAGAGGAUCAGAAACCAUGUGUGAUGGCAGUUAUCAUGAAGGAUUAACUCAGCAGAGGAAGAGGGGAAAAACUGAUGACCAGCAGUCUCCUGCUCUGCAGAAAGGAGAUUCUGAUAGAAGCUGUCCUGGCUUGCAUAUGAAAGAAAUAAAGAAGAAUGAAAGUGGAAAACGGACAUUAAAAGCAUCUGUGACUUCACGUGUAUUUGCGAAGACUGCCUCACUGGCUGGUGGUCUCCUACACAUGAAUGACAACAGCAAUUUAAGUGAAGAUCAAGGUUGUGGCAGGUCUUCAAAGAAAACGUCUAUUGAAAAGGACCAGGUCAAAGAGCAGAUGAAUUCUGUGGAUGGUCUCGAUGACUUAACUCUGGCACCGGAGACAGCUUCCGAGGAUUGCGAGUCGCUUUUCCCUGAUUAUAAGAACACCCUGAGGCUAAACGAACGACUUGGCCCGGAGAGUAAAGAUGCCUUUUGGUUCUUUAUUUUGCCUGAUUGCACUGGCUCCAGUACAGUGCUGAAUAGGAGUAAGAGAAGCCACUCCUGUCUGGUUCCUCACCUUCUGGGAAAAGCAUUCCGUUUUUCACCAUUGCAUAUGGUGUCAGCUGUAGGCUUAGCCCAGAUCUUUGUCAUAGUGAAGACGUUUUCUUGGUUCCUAGUUUGCUGGAAGUUUUUAUCAGGAAUAGAUGUUGAGGUUUGGCAAGUGCCUCUUUUUAUCCACUGACAUGAUCAUAUGGUUUCUUUUUUAGUUUGUUAAUAUGAUGAAUAACAUUGAUUUUUACGUGUUAAAACAGCCCUGCAUUCUUGGGAUACACCCGACUUGGUCACGAUGAAUUAUCCUGUAUUGUUGGAUUUAAUUCGCUAAUGUUUUGUUUAGAAU